GCGGCCGCACCACCCCUCCCCUGUACUAUUGUCGCGUGGUUAAAAAAAUUCAAAAUGGCGCCUUUCAAGGUCGCAAAGGACCUUGGGAGUCAUUCUUUGGUUAUCUCGGUCAAAAAAGGCCGUAAAUUAUUCAUAUUUUGGAAGACUAGGCAUUAACUCGUCACSAAAGRCCGCCAUUUUUGUCAUUUUAGACACUUGGACUCGCAUUUGGUACCAAAAAACUAUGGAUUUUGCUUCUAAUUGCGUUUGAAAUUGUCCAUAUAAAUAUGGCAUGAUUGGGUUGGAGGAAGCUGUUAUUGAUGAAAAUAUUAGUCCCGACCCUGCAAUCUUGGCAGCUACGAACUAUCGAAAGAAGCAUUUUCCAUUAGCAGAAUUCAACCGAAGAAGAAAAGAAGAAAUAAGAUGCUUAUUAUCAACUAAACUUCAGCGAGAUGAAACUAUUGUUGCUUUAAAAAGUCAAAUAAGCGAACUAGAUACGCAGAUUUUGUGCUUGAAUGAUCAAAUACAUCGAUUACAGAAGUUGCUUCACAGCAAAGAAGAAACAUUGAGGAGAAGAAAAAGAAAGAAUAAUGAAAUCGAUACCACUAAUGCUGAAGUAAGGCUACCACCAAAGGUUCCAAAAAAAUUAUGUAGCAUCUCAAGCACAAUCACAAAAGACUCCAGUGAAAAGUUAACCUUGUCAAGGAACCAGUCUUUUUUGCGAAAGAAGAAAACCAUUGCCGCACUUAAGCCUAUACAUUGUGGAACCGACCGUUGGUCUGCAGCUCAAAAUGAAGACAUCACUCCUAUAUUGGAUGGUCUGUGGACCACACUUAUUGCUACAACUUCUGAAGAUCAGAUGAGAACAUAUAUUGAGAAAUCCAAGCUUUGUAMUGACAAAAUAAUCCCAAAGAUGGUUAAAGAAGCUGUAAAAAGAUAUGAAGGCAGUGAUGGAAAUAAGACAAGAAGUAUGCGUGCACUCUAUGAGGGAGGUCUGAUUAGCUCACGAAAGUAUACUCGAGUUAGGAAUUGUUCAGACAUUGUUAAAAAUACCGAAACAAAAAAGAAAGUAGGAUCAACUGAGUUUAUGAAAGACUGUCCAGUUCCAAAGCUUCUACCUUACAAGGCAUUAAUGAGCUUUAUAAGAAGUAUUGAUAUUGGUGAGGUGCAAGAUGUAGACACAAUUGCUUCAAAGUACUCCUUGGACCCAGUUCCUGGCAUGUUUAGACCUUUAAAGCCAUUUUUGCUCCGCUUGGCUGAUCUGUAUCUAUUUCUGCACUCAAAAGUUCCUUGCAUCCAUUGGUUUAAUGAAAAGGAAAAUGAAUUCCUUGUUGCUGUUGGCGCUGAUGGUGCCCCAUUUGGUCGAGAUGACACAGCUACAGSUACAUGUACAAAAUGUUAUUUAAUGGUAAAACAGCAAAAGCAACAACAACUAAAAACACUAGCUGAGGACGUUCAUCAUUUAUUAUUCAACAACACUAGCAUUUGGAAUAAAAAMUGUUGUUUGUUUUUGCUUUAUUUGCUUAUCAUUUAUUUAUGCAGGAAAAUKCAAUGCUAAUAAUAAUAACAACAGCUCUCAAUACCARCCCAAGGCAUAUGUAUAUUUCCUCUAUUGGUGGGGAAAUAAUUAUGAAAAUCAAUAUCAAAUCACUCURGUGAUCAACUCUUACAUUGUAAGUGAUUACUAAAAAAGAUAAUAAAA